UUAUGUGACGUCAUGACAUUGACAACCAGCAAAAAAUUACAUCAUUAUCAGAUUCAGAGAAAUGUGGACGUGCAGAUAUUAAUACAUUAUACUGUAGUAUAAAAGCCGAUUGUUGUGAUUGUGACAGCUGAAUUGUUGUCAGUUUCCAAGUUCUAUUAUUUUCCUAGUGGAGUUUUUGCCAAGAAUAAGUCGUAGUAUGUCGGGAAAUGUCAACAAACGAAUAGGAAUUGAUACAAGAGAUAUAUACACACCAGGAGAAUCAGCAGUUGGAAAAUUAUCAAGGAAAGCGGCAGAAGAUCCAUUUGUUCCUGUUGGUAUUGCUGGUUUUGUCGUAGCAGUUGGGUAUGGCGCAUACGCUUACAGGAAUCGUAGAGGAAUGUCGACAUCAAUAUAUUUAAUGAGGUUACGUGUUAUUGCGCAGACAUGUGUUGUUGGAGCUAUGACGCUUGGCGUAGGAUACAAAAUGCUUGCUAGCACAUUCAAAAAGGACAAUUCAUGAUGACUUAAAAUUCUAUUGUUGGAAUUUUUAUAAGAUACAAUUAUUAGCAUCAUCAAAACUACUUUUUAAUAUUGAUAAUAUUGAUUUUUCAAUUAUUAAUAAUAUUAUUAAUAUCAAUAUUAUUUUGUUAUAAGAAAAAAAAUCACAUAGAUUGUUACUGAUGUGGAAGUCCAGUUUCAAUGAAAUAUUUAACAUAAGUUUAAAUAAUAUAUUGUAUUUAUGUUAUUUAUAUUUUCUCCUUGGAAAUAUUUUUAUAUUUAUACUAUAUAAAGAACAAAUAUAAUGAAGUAUUUGAAUUAUCAGAGUCAAAAUUUUUAAAAUUCGCUCAUAAAGGAGUUUUUAAUAUAAUUAUAAUUGUCACUGUCAUUGCUAUAAAUUAGAAUUUGAUUGAUUCCGAUAAUUUAAUAGUUUCUGGUUAAGAAAUAACAGCAUUGCCAUAGUUACAGAAUCCAAAGAAACUGGGAAAAUUACCAAACCACCAGUCUUAAAUGGGAGGGGAGGGGACUGAUUGUGGUGCAAAUCGAGUGAGGGGGGUGGGGCACUAGGUCACAAAGUAAUAUGGUAGAUGAUUUUUGACUACUUGAGCAUGAUUAUUUAGCUUUGGACAUUUUCAAUGGAGGGAGAAGAGAUGGGGGGAGCACAAGCCUUUUUUGUGGGGGGGUGGGGUGGAACAUGCUCCCCCACACCACUAUAUAUGCCACUGGCUUUACAACUGUUCUGAAAAGUGAUUGUUUGGAGGUGUGUAAAGAUAUUUUAACAGUAUAGCCAGGGUGCCAUAAAAUUGUGUUUUAAUUAAUAUACGUAUUCGCAUAGAAUUCUUUUACAUCUUGUUGUGUAUACUGUAUUUGAAUACACGUAAAUAAAUUUCUUAAUUUUAUGAUAUGUUUUGAUCAGACUCUGUAGUGAGAGAGAAAUCAUAUUUUUAAAAUUAUUUGAUAAUAGAGAAUACAGAGUAUUAUUGGGAUUGUGUGAUUUCACUGUUGAAAUGAAUAAAUACUUGCAGUAUUGUGUUACAUUUGGUAUAUGGUAUUUUCUGUUCUGAAUGCAUAUCAAGCACCUUCAUCAUCAUUAAAAUGGAUAUGAAUGCUAUA